AUGGAGUUCAAGGAGGGGGACUGGCAUUGCGAGCAGUGUGGGGACCACCAGUUCGAGAAAAACAAGACGUGCCGGAAGUGCGGCGCCAUGAAGCCUGGAGUCGUGGCCACGAACAAUCAGGUCUCCAAAGAAGGUGACUGGAUAUGCUCGGCCUGUGGCGACCUGCAGUUCGCCCGGAACGCCGCCUGCCGCAGGUGCGGUGCGCCGAGACCGGGCGCGGGCGGCCCGGGCAUGGGCGCGGGCCCACUGGGCAGGGGCGGGGGCGGCAAAGGGCCUCCCACGGGGAUGAUGGGCGGCCCCAUGGGCGGCGCGGGCAAGGGCUGCGCGGGGAAG